CGUGUGACGCGUGGGCCGCCGGGGUGUACGAAACAAGCGCUCCUGCUGCUGUAGAGAUAACCAGCAGAUAUGGUCAAAGCUAAACAGGCGUCUGUCAACAUCCUAGGACGAGUCGACCGCAACACCAGAGACUAGCACAUGAUGAAGGUUUACAAACAUCUUGGUGGACAAACCCAACGAUCAGUCUUCCAGAUGGUCUUCAGAAAGCAACUACCCACCACAAUACUUGAUACUGAAACUGGAACGGCCGGCCAUCGUACAGAGCAUCACCUUCGGGAAGUAUGAGAAGACUCACGUGUGCAACCUGAAGAAGUUCAAGGUGUUCGGGGGCAUGAGUGAGGAGAACAUGACAGAGCUCCUGUCCAGCGGCCUUAAGAACGACUACAAUAAGGAGACAUUUACCUUAAAACACAAGAUCGAGGAACAGAUGUUCCCCUGCAGAUUUGUCAAAAUAGUGCCUCUCAUGUCGUGGGGUCCUAGUUUUAACUUCAGUAUCUGGUACAUCGAGCUCCACGGCAUCGAGGACCCAGACGUGGUGCAGCCCUGCCUCAACUGGUACAGCAAGUACCGGGAACAGGAAGCCAUCCGCCUCUGCCUCAAGCACUUCCGGCAGCACAACUACACGGAGGCGUUCGAGUCGCUGCAGAAGAAGACGCGCGUGGCGCUGGAGCACCCCAUGCUGAGCCACCUCCACGACCGUCUGGUGCUGUGCGGGGACUUUGACUCCUGCGAGGAGCUCAUCGACAAGGCCGUCGGAGACGGGCUGUUCAAUCAGUACAUUAGCCAGCAGGAGUACAAGCCCAGGUGGAGCCAGAUCUUGCCCAAAUGCCACAAAGGUACAAACGCCCAAGAGCCCAACCGAGGAGACCCCAACAGUGACGCCGAUGACAACCGUCCCGGGAUGAGAGGCGGUCACCAGAUGGUCAUUGACGUCCAGUCGGAAACGGUGUACCUGUUUGGCGGCUGGGACGGGACCCAGGACCUGGCGGACUUCUGGGCCUACAGCGUCCAGGAGAACCAGUGGACGUGCAUCUCCAGGGACACGGAGAAGGAGAGCGGUCCCAGCGCUCGCUCCUGCCACAAGAUGUGCAUGGACUCCCAGCGGCGCCAGAUCUACACGCUGGGCCGCUACCUGGACUCCAGCGUCCGCAACAGCAAGUCCCUGAAGAGCGACUUCUACCGCUACGACAUCGACGGCAACGCCUGGACGCUGCUCAGCGAGGACACGUCCGCCGACGGGGGGCCCAAGCUGGUGUUCGACCACCAGAUGUGCAUGGACUCUGAGAAGCACAUGAUCUACACGUUCGGCGGGCGCAUCCUGACGUGCAACGGCAGCAUGGAGGACAGCCGGGCGUCAGAGCCCCAGUUCAGUGGGCUGUUCGCCUACCACUGCCUGGCCGGCACCUGGAGCCUGCUCAGGGACGACUCCUGCAACGCCGGCCCCGAGGACGUCCAGUCCCGCAUCGGCCACUGCAUGCUCUUCCACACGAGGAACCGCUGCUUGUAUGUGUUCGGGGGCCAGCGCUCCAAGACCUACCUCAACGACUUCUUCAGCUACGACGUGGACGCGGACCACGUGGAGAUCAUCUCCGACGGCACCAAGAAGGACUCGGGCAUGGUCCCCAUGACGGGCUUCACCCAGCGGGCCACCAUCGACCCGGACCUCAACGAGAUCCACGUCCUGUCGGGUCUCAGCAAGGACAAGGACAAGAGGGAGGAGAACGUCCGCAACUCCUUCUGGAUCUACGACAUCGCCCGCAACAACUGGUCGUGUGUGUAUAAGAACGACCAGGCGGUGAAGGAGAACUCCAACAAGUCUCUUCAGGAGGAGGAGCCAUGUCCUCGCUUCGCUCACCAGCUGGUCUACGACGAGAUGCAUAAGGUGCACUACCUGUUCGGGGGGAACCCGGGGAAGUCCUGCUCCCCCAAGAUGCGUCUGGACGACUUCUGGUCCCUGAAGCUCUGCAGGCCGACCAAAGAGUACCUGCUGAGGCACUGCAGAUACCUGAUCCGGAAGUACAGGUUCGAGGAGAAGGCCCAGGCGGAGCCCCUCAGCGCCCUGAAGUACCUCCAGAACCACCUCUCCCUCACCGUGGACCACGCCGACCCGGAGGAGAUCAAGGAGUUCCAGAUGCUCCCGUCCGCCCUCUUCAAGUCCAGCUCGGACUUCAUCCCACUGGGGUUCUCUGACGUGGACCAGACGUACGCCCAGCGGACUCAGCUCUUCGACACGCUCGUCAGCUUCUUCCCCGACAACAUGACCCCGCCCAAGGGCAACCUGGUGGACCUCAUCACCCUGUAGCCCCGCCUCCAGCUCUCGGCCACACCCACCUCCAACCCUGGCCACGCCCACCUCAACCAGGGCGGUGAAACUACUGACAGGGCCUCCUGAUUGGACGGAGCCGGAGAGGGAGGGGUUCAUAUUCGGCAGGGGGAGACGCCCCCCCCGUCCCCUCUCUGGCGCUGCGGCGGGAAACCGCUCAGGACGCUGUGUCUGACCUUUGAACUGGUGACCCCUGACCCCCAGCAGGGUGCUUGCAGGGGGUGAACACUAGGGGGCGCUGUGGGCAGACUGAGGGGGGGGGGGGGGCUUGGACUCAGAAACACUGUGAUCCCUGGACACGAGCCGGUCGCCGUAGCAACUCGGAGCUGGCGCCAUUUAAUUUUUUUUAAAGCUUUCCACUAUCCCCCCCCACCCCCCCCAUCACGUCCCUGAACCCCCCUACACUCAGCUACCGUCGUGUGGAUUUACCCAGAAUGCCUGUAUCCAGGAGGUGGAUUCUUAUUGGUUAGCUCUUUUCCGACACACCGAACAUAUGCGUGUUGCUGAACCAUUAGAGGAAUAAGAUAUGACGUUCAUAUAUCGUAUUUAAGACUGGCGUGUGUGUGUGUGUGUGUGUGAGUGGAUGUUAUUGAAUCCUCUGCUGCCAAUUAUUUAGUUUUGACAAAGGAACCAAUAUAUAUACCAAGUUGACAAAGGGAGUGUUGCCGACAACAAAUUUUCUUUUGUUCAUUUUUUUUUCUCUGCGCCGGGAUCCAGUCACACACACGCACGCACACACACACACACACACGCGCUCCUUUGAUAAUUGUAAACAGGCUUGGGAUUCACAUGCUAGUCGUAGCAACAGGCUACUCAGAUCAUUGUAAACUUGUCAUUCACCCCCUCUCAGAAUGCGCUGAGUCCUGAGUUGUGUAUAGGAAAUGCGAUUACGUUACACACCAAAAGAAAGUCAGUAUUUAUGAAUGGGUUAUGGACGUGUGAUUCUCUCUUCACCUUAUACCCCUCGAAGUCCACAGAAUAUAUACUUUUUAUUUAUUGCACAGUUCUAACCUGAUUGGGACUACUGAAGUGCUCUGUCGUUUCCUUUCUGCCUUCGCUAAAGCUGCACUAUGUAAGUGACAUGUAAUAGGACGUUGCCAUUUAUGUUUCCACAAUACAUUAGAUUAAAAUUGAACCGACUUAAGCCAUCUGAACCAUUGGUACGUUAUGGAAUCUAAAUCGGAACAAUUUGAGCGUCACAAAUUUACUUAAAGAGCAGGUGAUGAUGUUACAUGAAUGUGUUUGAGUAGAUUCUUGAAAACAAGCGUGUCCUUUUAUUUCAUUAUUGGCUUGCGGUGAAUCUUCGUACUCUUAAUCAACGUCCAACGUGGUACACAUCAGCAUCUAUACAAAUUGAAACAUUUUUUUUUUUUUUUAUCAUAAUUUGACGCUUUGUAGUCUUCAUGGACAUCUUGGUUCGAAGCGCUAUCAUGGUUGAGGGAAACGACUCGGAAGCGGCCAUCUUGGCUCCAAACACUAGCAGCUGGCGCACGGAGCCAAAGAUAUGAAUCACGAUUUUUUUAGCUUAGAAUUGAUAUCACGAUUCUCUGCCACGAUUUUUUCUCACGAAAUGUAAUUUUUAUUGUAAUUUAUCGUGCAGGCCUACUUCCGAGUCAGUACCCCUCAGUUCCCCCCCCAAGAUGACUUCUAGAUUUGGUUUCCCACUUUGCAUCUUACUGCUCAGCAUAUUGUAGCAUACCCCCCCCCACCACCACCACCACAACCUACUUUCCCCUUCCUCUGUGAGACACAGCGGAAAGUUUCCAUGGCUACUCUUGUAAAAGUGUCUUCCUUUGCACUGUGUGUGGUUGUGAUUAGGCCCUGAGAAACUAAACUCUAUUUAAACGUGUGUGUGUGUGUGUGUGUGUGUGUGUGUGUGUGUGUGUUAGUGCCCCCCCCCCCCCCAGUACAAAACAAAAUAAACUCUUAUUUGACAUUUUUUGUGCCAGGAAAAAAAAUGCCACUUUUUGUUUUUCUUUGAAAAAAAACUAAAUUACGCAAUGCCAAUUUUUUUUUUUUUUCUGUUCUGUUGGCCUGUCAAAACUCUAUAAUGCUGACGAUAUCAGAAAUGUUUUAAUUUCCUUCCUCCUGCCUGGACUCGGGUGAAUGUGUAGGAAGACUUGUAGUAUCGGACUGUAUGUAACAUGUACAUAAAAACAAGAACAAAUAAAGAUUGUAUUUUGUC